CCGUGCUUGAUCAACACGAAGGAGCUGAAUCGGGUCACCAUCGCGUGACAGGUGAACCUUACCUCCGCCGCCCGGAUUGAGGAGGUGGGGUGGAACUGGGGCAAGGCCCCUUUCACUCGUAAGCAUUUGCCGCCCGAGGUACGUUACACGCCAUCUUAUUUUAUUCUUGUUUCUUCCGCCGCCGGCUCUGACUGACCCGCGAACCGGACGGGCCACAAUUGUUUGCUGGGUUGCAGAACUACGGUCUAUCGGUGGCUCCGAGGGAAGACUUGGAUGCCGAGGAGCCGGAGAACCAUGAGGAUGUUAAGUCGGCGGUCGACAUGUUGGCGGACGAUGAGUCGAUGGUCGAGGAGCCGAAAGGCGAGGAGUCGGAGGGCGAGGAGGCCCCCGACGGAGGAUGGGGAGCCGGCGACCCCGAGCCAGCCGUCCACAACAUAGAGGACAUGGAGGCCAUGAAGGAGGAUGCCCUCGAGGUGAGAGGGUGGACCUGGCAGAUGGGCCACGAGCCAACGCUCGAGUUAUUGACCGCGGCCAAGUGCGCGCAAGGGAAACUAUCGGCCGCUCCCAAGCUAACACCCAAGCGAGCGGCCAGGACGCAGCCGGACGGCGGCCGUGGAGGAGGUGGGAAGAAAGCAUGUGUCACCCCCCUUGGGGCCGACGCCACGGCGUGCGAUCCCCAUGACUGCCAGGGAUGAGAAGGGGGGACGGCGAAUGAGUGUUGCAGCCUUGCAGAUCUUGGAAACUACAUCGACAAUUCGACAUCAAACCAUAUGCCCGUACUCAUAUCCUUUUGUUUUGUGUAUAUAUUGACAGUUUUUCUGCAAUUGUUUGGUGACAUGUGUUCUACCAAAUGUUUAUCUAUGAGAAAAGAAAGUGAAAAAAGAUAAAUGGUUCAAGUUGCUAUCAGUUUUGACAAGGUUUUCAUAUUUAGAAGAGUGAGAUGAUAGUCUCUUUGUGCAACUUAUAAGAGCACUCUUUUGUAGAACUAUAUUGUUUCCAUACUAUUAUGAUGUAGUUCUUCA